GAUAUAUGUCUUUGAGCUACCCAUUGUAGAGUUAAACUAGAACGUGAAGUCAUAGAACUAAGAGAUCUCCUGUUGUGAAAGAAAGAUGUCGCUGACUGUGAUUGUGACAGCCAUUGUGGUAUCUGGACAUCUUUUGGGCGGCCAGUCUUUUAGUGUCAAUAAUCUUCAGCUGGACUCUGAGAAUGUUAAACGUUUUGCGCCUUCUUCUUCUGGUGGAGGCGGGUGGGGUGGAGGUGUAGUCUCCAGACGUGAAUCUACAAACGAAGCGCUGGACUCUGAUCUCCACGAGAACGCUAAACGUGUUGCGCCUUUUUAUGUAGGAAACAGAUGGGGUGGAACUGUAGUUUCCAGACGUGAAUCAAGAAAUGAAGCGCCGGACACUGAUCGCAGGGAGAUCGCUGAACGUUUUGCGCGUGUUAUUGGAGGUGGACUCCCAGGAGGAGUUGUUUCCAGACGAGAAGCUGAAAAUGAGGAGCUUAACUCUGAUCGCGCGGAGAAUGCUAAACGUUUAGCGUAUUAUCCUGGUAGGCCACCAUGGCCAAAGCCUAUACUUGUAAAGUAAAACUACUACAGAGGAGCCCAAAGUCAGAAUUUAAAAGAUGCUUUGGCGGAUUGGGCACGUAAUUAAAUAUUGAUCUUGAAACAUAAAAUC